AUGGCAUCUGGCGGACAUGUGAUGCAGCAGCAGAGAGGGUCUGUAGAGGCGCGCAUCAAGACUCUGGUGAACAACGACUUGAAGGAAAUAUGCAAAGCGUACAAUUAUCAAGUCUCCGGCACCAAGGCCAUAUUGCAGGCCAGAUGCACUGACAUCUUGAACACCAUCGUCAAGCGAGGCGAUCAGACCGAAUUCGACAUCUUCAACCAUCGAGUGGGCAACCACGGUCAAGCCCCGCUACGAGCGUCGCAACCUUCCUCCUCAGCAACGUAUUCACACUCCAACGAUGGCCCUACAGAAAUGCCACAGAACAGGCAUACCGUGCGAUCCAAUGUGACCCUCACUCAGGAUCAAGUGAAUCGCAUGAAACUAGAUCCCAACCUCAAGCUUCUGAUGUACUGCGGCACUGGCAUCUCUGCAUACGGCUAUGUCGACGUUGCCUUCCCGAAUCAGCUUGAGGUGAAGAUCAAUGGUGAUGACGUUCGCGCCAACUUCAAAGGGUUGAAGAAUAAGCCAGGAUCGACAAAACCGGCCGAUAUCACCGACAAGGUUAGGAAACACGGUGGCUAUCAGAAUCAGUUGUCUAUAACAUACGCACUGACUCAGAAGCGGUUCUCAUUUGCGGUAUAUCUGGUGAAGUACGUUUCAGCCGAUGCAUUAACAGAACGCAUCAAGCGAGGACAGCACGGCGGUGGUAUCAUCACGAAGCAGACUGUCCUGAACGAAAUGAACAAGGCCAACGCGGAUCCGGACAUCGCUGCAACCUCGGUACGAAUGUCACUGAAAGAUCCAAUCUCGACGUUGCGCAUCACACUGCCAGUGAGAUCGACGAACUGCUCGCACAAUCAGUGCUUUGAUGGAUCAAUGUUCAUGCACCUGCAGGAGCAGGCUCCACAGUGGUCCUGCCCUGUGUGUUCGAAGAGCGUCUCCUUCCAGAGCCUCUGCGUUGAUAAGUACUUCGAAGAGAUCCUGCAGCAGACGCCAACUUCGGUCGAGAAGGUGGACAUUGAACCAGAUGGACAGUGGCAUAUGCUCAAAGAAGAAGAUUCACAGCCGAACGGUCAUUCUAGUAGAGGUAAACCCGCACACUACGAUGAUGACUUCGAUGACGAUGACAUCGUGGAAGUCAGUGACCCGACUUCAAAAUCACGACCUACGAACGGCGUUCCCAUCGGCAAUGGCUCUACUCCUUCGUUACUGUCACCGAUGCCUGGUUCUGGCUUCGCUAUCAAUACGCCGCCUUUGUCAUCAAGAGGACCGUCCGCAGCACCUUCGACCACAUCGGCACAACAGAGCAACAAGCGCCCUGCGAGCGCGGUGAUCGACUUGACACUUUCGGACGACGACGAGCCUCCAAGGCCGGCCAAGAGGCAGUCCACAAAUACGAGCAUAUCGGAUGAAGCAGCGAAAGACAGCGGGACAGAUGAGAUGAUGCCUCCAAAGGGUCACGAAUGGUACAUACUAGCGAGGAGUUUGGAGUUCUGCUUUCAGCAACGAAUGCUGGCGUAG